AUGUGUGGGAGAGGAGGGAAGAAGAAGAAGACCAAGGCUGGCUCCAAACAGGGCAAAGCCAACACUGGUUCCAACUGGGCCAACGUCCCCCUGCCCCCUCCCCCCGUGCACCCUCUGCCUGGGACCGACAUGGACCACUACCCUGGGGACAUGCACGAAGCUGGUUAUGAGAGUGACGGCUGGGGGCCCCCGAUGCCGGUGCAGACCUACCUGCACCAGGGCCUGGAGGACGAGCUGGAGGAGGAGGAGGAGAGAGUGCCCACGCCGCCGGUCAGGGGCGUGGCCUCGUCCCCCGCCGCCGUCUCCUUCGGGCAGCAGUCCACCGCCACGCUCACCCCCUCCCCCCGCGACGAGAUGCAGCCCAUGCUCCAGUCCCACCUGGACGAGCUGACCCGGGCCUACCAGGUGGACAUGGCCAAGCAGGCGUGGCACAUACAGGGGGGCCCGCUGCCUCCCCAGGCCCCUGCUCCUCCGGUGGGGUACGUGUCGUCCACCAUGGUGUCCGAGCUGGAGACGGAGCUGCCUGAUGAUGAAGAGGAGGAGGAGGACGAAGAGGACGAAGGCUACGGGGCCAGACUCCCCCGCGGCCUGGAGCACACCCCCGCCUCCAGCAUGGACAACCUGGACAGCUCGAUCACAGGUGGGAGUCUGUGGGGGAGUGAGGAGGUGGGAGUCUGUGGGGGAGUGAGGAGGUGGGAGUCUGUGGGGGAGUGA